AUGCCAGCCAGUGGCAAGGACCUGUGGCGGCUGCCGCAUUACCGCUCCUGGCGGAUGACGACAUCGCCAUGUUUGAGGGCCCUCUGCAUUCUGCUUCGCGCGGCAGCCUACGACAGGCAAGGGCGUGAGGCCCCGGGGUCGUAUGGUGGUGGUGAAGAUCACCACCGCGUGUUUAUUGUUGAUUCGAGUUCCCCACGCUGUUCGCUCCUAACCAGCCAGCUUUCCUGCUUCCUGUCGGCCGUCGGAUCACCAUCGGACGAUGAAAUUUUGAUGGUGUGUCGUUUGUCUCGCAGCGGCGGCGCUGGACGCGGUCUUCGCCAAGCUCGGCCAGAAGGCGGGGACGUCAUGGAACAUCAGCGGCGACCCCUGCACGGGCGCCGCCACGGACAACACCGACAUCGACAGCAUCCCCAACUUCAACCCGGCCAUCAAAUGCGAAGUCUGCACCGGCGGCAACACCUCCGUAUGCCGCAUCACCAAGCUGAAAAUAUACGCCUUGGACGCGGUCGGUCCCAUACCAGAAGAGCUGCGGAACCUCACAGGCUCACAGCCUUGACCAAUCUAAAUUUAGCACAAAAUUACUUAACAGGGCCUUUACCAUCCUUCAUGGGCGAGUUGACUAAUAUGGAGUACAUGAGUUUGGGUAUCAAUGCAUUAUCUGGACCUGUACCCAAGGAGCUCGGGAACCUUACGAAUCUUAUAGUACUAAGCUUUGGCUCAAACAAUUUUAGUGGCUCGCUUCCUUCGGAACUGGGAAACCUGGCAAAACUUGAGCAGCUGUACAUUGAUAGUGCUGGCGUUAGUGGACCACUACCAUCAUCACUUUCCAAGCUUACGAAAAUGAAACAAUUGUGGGCAUCAGAUAAUGAUUUUACUGGGCAAAUACCAGAUUAUAUUGGGAGCUGGAGUAGUUUAACAGAUCUGAGGUUUCAAGGCAAUUCUUUUCAGGGUCCAAUUCCAGCUACUCUUUCCAAUCUGGGCCUACUGGCAAGCUUACGAAUUGGUGAUAUAUUAAAUGGGAGCUCUUCUUCACUGACAUUCCUCAAUAACCUGACAUCUUUGAACACCCUGAUUCUGAGGAACUGUAGGAUAUCUGAUAAGCUCGUAUCAACAGACUUUUCGAAAUUCACGAGUUUAAAUUUGCUGGAUUUGAGUUUCAAUAAUAUCACAGGAGAACUACCACAAACCUUGUUGAAUCUGAAUUCCCUCACCUUCCUGAAGCCUUCCAAGCUCAAUAGGAUCAUUACUAAAAAAGAUUUUCCCUACAACCAGCUCUCAGGAAGCGUUCCUUCUUGGGCUAAAGAUUCUCAAUUGAAUCUGGUGACAAACAAUUUCGUGGCCGAUAGUUCCAGCAACAGUGUCUUACCUAUGGGGUGGGGUUGCCUUCAGCGUGGUACACCACGUUUUCUUGGUUCUCCAAAGUCUUCUUCCUUCGCUGUGGACUGUGGUAGUAUGCGAUCUGUAUCAGGCUCAGAUAAUUCUGUGUAUGAACCUGAUGAUGCCAGCCUUGGACCUGCAUCAUUUUAUGUUACAGGAGGGCCAACAUGGGGUGUUAGCAACGUUGGAAGGUUCAUGGAUUCACGGAAUGGAAGUUAUAUAAUCUAUAGUUCACACCAGUUUCAGAAUACACUUGAUACAGAACUGUUCCGGAAUGCAAGGAUGUCACCUUCAUCCUUAAGAUACUUCGGUAUUGGACUCGAAAAUGGAAACUAUACAGUAACACUUCAAUUUGCAGAGUUUGACUUCCCAGACGGUCAGUCUUGGAAGAGCACAGGGAGAAGGGUUUUCGAUAUAUAUAUCCAAGGUGUCCAUAAAGAGCAGAACUUUGACAUAAGGAAGGAGGCAGGCCGGAAAUCUUACACUGCUGUUAGGAAGCAGUACAUUGUUCCUGUCACGAAGAACUUUCUUGAGAUUCAUCUCUUCUGGGCUGGCAAGGGCACUUGCUGCAUUCCUUCUCAAGGCCUAUGGGCCUGCGAUCUUGAAGCGACACGACCUGAUAAGGUUGAGUGUCUCUGUGUAUAGUGCUAAUCCCUGGAUCGGUUCACCAGCACACACAGUUUCCAUAGGUAUCAAAGUAACAAGUGCA